AGAGAGAGAGAGAGAGAGAGGAGCUGCUACUCAGAGAGUUUAAUUAGUGACGAGAAAGAAGAAGCAGCAGCAGGAGACAGUUGUAGUUCUGCUUCAGGUCACUGUCUCAGUCCUCAGAGACACAGAUCUGGUUUUACAGCAGGUCACUGAGGAUUUAAAUCAGCUGCUGACGACCUAGCUGGACUCUGGUUUCUGUCAGCUUCUGGUCUCUGGUCUCAGCUGGACUCUGGACUCUGUCUGGACUCGGUUUUGGUCCUGGUCUGAGUUUCCUCUGACGGUAAAACCCAAGCACGAGGCUUGAGCCUGAGAAGCAUGUUGCCAUGGUAACCCGGGCUCAGAUGAGCGGCGCGCACGAGCUGCGGUCGGGAUGGCUCGUGAGGACGCGGUGAGAUGUCUGAGGUGUCUGCUGUACGCACUCAACGUGCUCUUCUGGCUGAUGUCAGCGUGUGUGUUGGGAGUGGCCGCGUGGAUCCGAGACUCUCUGAACACCGUCCUGACGCUGACGGCUCAUACCAGGUUGGAGGAAGCGGCCGUCCUCACAUACUCUCCAGCUGUUCAUCCCGUCAUCAUCACCGUGUGCUGCUUCCUUAUCAUCGUGGCGAUGGUGGGAUACUGUGGAGCGCUCAGGUGUAACCUGCUGCUGCUCUCCUGGUACCUGUGCAGUCUGCUGGUGAUCUUCUGCGUCGAACUGGCCAGCGCAGUGUGGACGUAUGACCAGCCAUCAGUGCAGCGCUCUGAUAUGAUCAGUCUUAAGUCUCGGAUGUCAAACUACGGCCUGCAGAGAUACCAGUGGCUCACACACACCUGGAACAGCUUCCAGACACAGUUUAAAUGCUGCGGAGUGAUGUACUUCACUGAUUGGCUGGAGAUGACAGAGAUGGAGUGGCCUCCUGACUCCUGCUGCUCCAAUCAGUAUCCAGGCUGCGCUCGCCACGCCCGCUACCACGACCUGAGUGACCUCCACCAAGAGGGCUGCGGUCCAAAGAUCUACAGUUUCAUUCGUGGGACGAAGCAGUUGCAGGCAUUGCGUUUCCUGGGCGUGUCCAUCGGCGUAGCUCAGAUCCUGGCCAUGGCGCUCACCCUCACGCUGCUCUGGGCGCUUUAUUAUGGACGAAAGUCUCCAGACCUGGACUCCAUGGCACCGCCGAUGGACUCCGCCCCCGACACUGUGACGCAUGGAGCCUCAGCUGAAGCUUCAGGCAGCAACCAGACUAACAUGUCCGCUGCCUCCACGCCGCAGGAACACCAGUUUGAGAUGGAGCGCCUGUCGUAGCCGUGGGGACAAGCAGGAAGUUCUCCAGGUUCAUUCUGGGACGUGUAAACAUGUGACAUCAUCAGAUGACCAAACAGAAACUGAGGAAAACACGACGUGGUAAAAAAAACGUAAAAAACGAUGAGACAUUAAAUAUCAGUGAAAUCAACGAGCUUUAGAAACAACAACCUGUCACAUUCAGAACCAGAUGAAUGAGUGGAAUCACUUUUUUGUCACCGUGUUCAUUGACAUCAACUUUUUCCUCGGUGAGUUUGAAAUAAAGAACACGACUAAAAAAGACCUGAGGUGGAAUAAGCUUUACAAUUAAUGUCACCAUGUCACUGCAGCUGUGAACAUGUUGUGAACACGUCAGGAACACGUCAGGAACACGUUGUGAAGACGACAGGA